AUGAAAAUCAUUCGUAAUCUUUCUUUGUUUGUUUUGUACCUUAAUGUCGUUGAGGAUCAUGGCACUCGCCAACGUUCUUUCUUUCUUUCUUUCUUUCUUUCUAUUCGAUUCCAGUUGCUACCUUUAUUUUUGUCGUCAUCUUUCUUUAUUUCUUUCUUUCUUUCUUUCUUUUUCUUCUUUCUUUCUUUCUUUCUUUCUAUUCUGUUCGAAUUGGUACCUUUCUUCUUUUCAUCCUCUUUUUUUCUUUCUUUCUUUCCCUCCCUCUUUCUUUCUUUCUUUCUUUCUUUUCGAUUCCAGUUGGUACCUUUCUUUUUUUCGUCACCUUUCUUUAUUCCUUUUUCUUUCUUUGUUUCUUUGUUUCUUUCUUUCUUUCUUUCUAUUCUGUUUGCGUUGGUACCUUUCUUCUUUUUGUCAUCUUUCUUUCUUUUUUUCUUUCUUUCUUUCUUUCAUUCAUUCUUUCUUUCUUUCUUUCUUUCUUUCUUUCUAUUCUGUUUGCGUUGGUACCUUUCUUCUUUUUGUCAUCUUUCUUUCUUUUUUUCUUUCUUUCUUUCUUUCAUUCAUUCUUUCUUUCUUUCUUUCUUUUUUUCUUUCUUUCUUUCUAUUCGAUUCCAGUUGGUACUUUUCAUUUUUUCGUCAUAUUUCUUUCUUUCUUUCUUUCUUUCUUUCUUUCUAUUCUGUUCGAGUUGGUACCUUCCUUUUUUUGUCCUCUUUCUUUCUUUCUUUCUUUCUUUUCUUUCUUUUCUAUGA